GUGAAGUGUUUUGGUUCGUCCUCGUGUACGUGCGCACACUGGAACUUAACCCGGACGUAUUGCCCGUAAACUAAACCGGAUUUGAUAAUUGGCGUUCGGUCCGGUUCCAAUCGAUUUAUCGAAAUCUCGGAUGAUUUGAUAGGGGCAGUAUCCGAUCCUGGGUAUUUGUUCUUCGUCAUUUGCUGGAUUUUAGGGGAAAUUGAUUUCGGAUUUGAAUGAUCGGUUCUUGUUUGAUUUCAUGUGGUUGGUUAGAUCGGCUGCUGUGUGGAGACUCUAUGCUGUGAAAAUCUCCGGCUUUGGUUCUAGUUUUCGGGCUGUGUGAUUUGAAUUGAGCUGCUACUGCUGCUGCUUCUCGUUUUAAGAGAUGGAUUUGGUUGCUAGUUGCAAGGAGAAACUUGCAUAUUUCCGGAUAAAAGAGCUCAAGGAUGUGCUCACUAAGCUGGGACUUUCUAAACAGGGAAAAAAAGCAGGACCUUGUUGAGAGGAUCUUCGCCAUUCUUUCCGAUGAGAAAGCCGCCAGGUUGGGCUCUAAAAAGGAGGCUGUGGCCAGGGAAAAAGUUGCAAAACUAGUAAACGAUGCAUACAGGAGAAUGCAAGCAUCUGGGGCGAGUGACUCGCCAUCAAAAGGACAAGUAAGUUCAGACAUCAGUAAUGUGAAAGCUAAGGAAGAGCUCGAAGAUUCCUUUCAACCAGAUGUUAAAGUUCGGUGUAUUUGUGGAAGCUCACUGGAAACAGAGUCAAUGAUACAGUGCGAGGAUCCGAGAUGCCAUGUCUGGGAACAUGUUGGGUGUGUUAUUAUCCCGGAGAAGCCUAUGGGAGGAAAUCCACCUCUUCCUGAUUCAUUUUACUGUGAAAUAUGCAGACUUACCCGAGCUGACCCGUUUUGGCUCACGGUGGCACAUCGAUUGUUUCCAGUGAGAUUGACUGCUACGAACAUCCCAACUGAUGGUACAAACCCAAUGCAGAGUGUGGACAAGACAUUUCAAAUAACUAGAACAGACAAGGACUUAUUGGUGAAACAGGAGUACGAUGUUCAGGCGUGGUGUAUGCUUUUGAAUGACAAAGUUCUGUUUAGGAUGCAAUGGCCUCAAUACGCUGAUCUGCAAGUCAAUGGUGUACCUUUUCGUGCUAUCAACCGACCUGGGUCACAGCUUCUUGGGGCCAAUGGCCGUGAUGAUGGACCUAUCAUUACACCUUGUAUUAGGGAUGGAAUUAACAAGAUUUCCUUGAGUGGAUGCGACUCCCGCAGUUUUUGUUUGGGUGUAAGACUUGUGAAGCGAAGGAGUCUGCAACAGGUCUUAAAUAUGAUUCCAGAGGAGGCUAAAGGCGAGCCUUUUGAAGUUGCUCUUGCGCGAGUGCGUAGGUGCAUUGGAGGUGCACCUGGAAAUGAUAAUGCCGACAGUGAUAGUGACAUAGAGGUCGUUGCUGAUUUCUUUGGUGUUAAUCUUCGGUGUCCUAUGAGCGGUUCUAGGAUGAAAGUUGCUGGGAGAUUCAAACCCUGUCUACACAUGGGAUGUUUUGACCUUGAGGUGUUUGUGGAGCUGAAUCAACGUUCCAGAAAGUGGCAGUGUCCUAUUUGUCUGAAGAAUUACUCUCUGGAGCAUAUAAUCGUGGACCCUUAUUUUAACCGAAUCACAUCAAAGAUGAGACAUCUUGAUGAAGAGUUGACUGAGAUUGAAAUGAAACCUGAUGGUUCUUGGCGUGGGAAGUUCAAAAAUGAGAGCGAGCGCAGGGAUUUAGGGGUGCUUUCACAAUGGCACAAACCUGAUGGUAGCCUCUUGCCCAUGGUUGAUGAGAUUAAACCCAAGUUUGAAAUGCAAACACCAGUUAAACAAGAAGGUUGCUCAGAUGGUCCAACCCCUUUAAAACUUGGAAUAAGAAAGAAUCUCAAUGGCAUUUGGGAAGUCAGCAAACCUAAUAAUAAUGGUUUAUCUUCUAGUAAUAGGCAAGAGAAGCUUGGGUACCGGGAGUUAAAUGUUAUACCAAUGAGUAGUAGUGCCACUGGAAGUGGUAAAGAUGGUGAUGACCCUAGUGUAAACCAGGAUGCUGUAGGAAGCUUUGAUUUUGGAAACAGCGGGAUGGAACUUGACUCUCUCUCCAUGAAUGUAGAUUCAGUCUAUAAAUUUCCUGACAGUAAUCAUCAACCGCCACCAGCCAGUAAUAAUGACGUUAUCGUUCUAAGUGAUUCCGACGAAGAAGAUGAUGUUGUAAUCACCGCAGGACCUGCCUACAAUGAGAAUCAGGCUGAUGGCGGGGUAAAUUUCCCAUUUGGUAUCACUAACUCCUAUAAUGAAGAUCAUCAGGUAGUUGCUGGAGGCAAUUCCGGCUUGGGUCUUUUCACAAACGAUGAUGAUGAUUAUGAUAUGCGCCUUUGGCAGUUGUCUUCAGAUGCCCAAGGAGGCCCGGGGUUCCAACUAUUUGGAUCUGAUGUUGAUGCAUCAGAUGGUUUAGCCAAUUUGCAGCCUGGUCCACUGAACUGUGAUCCUACAAUAAAUAGUGGUUACUCGAUGGCUCCAGGUACGUCUACUCCUAUGGUUCCAGAGUCGGUUGGAAGAUCCGAAGCAGAUGCAAACGGUGGACUAUUCGACAAUCCAAUGGCAUUUAGUAGAGACGACCCCUCGCUUCAGAUAUUUCUGCCAACAAGGCCAGAGACAUCAGCUCAAUCGGAUUUUAGAAAUGAGGCUGGGAUGUCAAACGGAGUCAACAAUGAUGAUUGGAUCUCUCUGAGGCUUGGUGAUCAUGGUGAGACGGUAGGUGCCAAUGGGAUUAACGAAAGCAAUAUAGUAUCAACGAGAGAUGGUGCUUUGGAUACUUUGUCAGAGACUGCAUCGUUGCUUCUGGGGAUGAGUGACAAAAAACAAGAGAAGGCAAGUAAACAACGAUCAGAGAGUCCGUUUUCAUUUCCUCGCCAGAAGCGUUCAAACAGUGAGAUGGAUCAUGACAGCCAGAGUUUGGGAAUAUUUGCUUGAUUCUCUCCUCUGUGCUUGGAACCUUGAGGCUCUCAUGCAAGGUUGUUAUAUGGAAAGGAGAAGACAUGUUUACAUAAGUUAGUGAAACUUUGAAGGAGACUUGUGAUAUGGGGUGUAUUGUAUGUAUUUUCAAAAGGGUUUGUCGUGUUUCUUUUUGGGGUUAACAGUUACUCAGAAAGCUGAUCUAAAAUGACAUGGGCCAAAGUGAGAAACAGCAUAUGUAAAUCCAAAUUAUAUUUUGUUUGUAUAAUAUAAGGAAAAAAAAGUCAGAUCUUGUUCAUUUUGGAAAAGGCAAAUAUUAUAUAGUGUUUUGGCAGGCACUGAGAUGGACAAUGGAUGGGUUAGGAGGGGGAAGAGUAACAAAGAGGAUCACGGAGCCUUAUGGACGAUGACUCAUUGCUCACAUCUCUUUUUAUAUAUUUCCAUCCUUAUCACCAGUUCUUCUCCUUUUGUGUGCCAUUAUUGGAGCAUCCAUCCGUAUUCUUCUUCUUCUAAUAAAAAGCCAAAAAGAAAGCAUUUUGUGAUAUCAUUUUACAAACUACUUACGUUGGAUCUUUCUUCUUCAACUGUGCCGCGAAGAUGCAGAGGCUUUUAGCUGCCAGAUCGACUCUUGGUAACGCCGUCAAGACGCGGAGGAGGCAGCACUUAUCGUCUCUCUCUUCUUCUUCUCUCCUCUUUGACGAAACUCAGCUUCAGGUU